AUGUCAGUUUUUUAUGAUGACAUGACUUACUGGUAUCCAUAUCAGCUGUAUGUGGAGGGCUUUUCGGGAACUCGUCUAGUGUUUUCCAACUCCACCUCCAUGGUCUUCAGCCCCAGGUGCAUGUCCAUUUUUAUCCAGACCGACAAGAACUACUACCAGCCCGGACAGACGGUCAAAUUUCGGGUUGUAUCAGUUACUCCUGAAGGAAAGCCGUACAGCGGUCGGACUGAUAUUUUUAUUAGGGAUCCCAAGGGGAAUAUGAUUCGACAGUGGCUCGCUGUGGAAAGUUUUCUAGGCGUCAUUUCUAAAGAGCUGAACAUCUCUCAGAAUCCACCACGAUCCUGGAAAAUUACAGCUGGAGUCAAUGAUGUUAUUCAUGAGAGAGCGUUCACUGUGGACCACUAUGCAUGUGUUUGCAGUACUUCUAGAUUCGAGGUAAAGCUGGACGUUCCCUCUGUCGUGUAUUAUGAAGACACACUGACGGGGACGGUCACAGCCAAAUAUUUUUAUGGGAAGCCUGUCAGUGGGUUUAUGGAUGUUACAUUUGUCCAUAGUUUUAAUGGCAUUGAAAUGCGAUAUGAACACACAGAAAGGUGAAUAGAGGGCUCUGUUGAAAUCACUUUUGACAUGCAGGACUUUUCCACACGAUUCAAUGAUUAUUCAUAUACAUAUUAUGAUGGCUACAGACCCAUUGAAUUUAUUGAUGUUAAUGUGAAUGUCACAGAAAGUGCUACAGGUUUAAUGUACAACAGCAGCGCAAGGGUUUCCAUUGUGACAAAUAAAUAUCAGCUAGAGUUUCUGCAAUAUCCACAUAUUGUUAAACCCUCCAUGACCUUCACCGCUAAGCUGAAGUUGAGUCUGUAUAACCAGCGGGCGCUGUCUGCUGAGGAUCGGAAUAUAAGUGUUCGUCUGGCAGUGAUGCAGCACAAGCUCAGCCCCUGGACGUGGAUGUGGAGUGACGGAGGACCUCUAGGGCCUCGUAUGAUGAACAGCACACCUUCCACCAGCUUCACUCCCAUCAGUGAUGGAAGACCUCUAGGGCCUCAUAUGAUGAACAGCACACCCUCCACCAGCUUCACUCCCAUCUACGACCUCCCUGUCCAGAACAUUGAGCUUCCUGUCACUGCUGACGGCUUGAUGUCUUUCCAGAUCCAGCUCUCCGACAGCGUGGCCACUCUGGAUCUAGAGGCAAGGUUUAAAGACACAGUCCAGCAUCUUCAGCUCUACAGGAGUUAUUCUUCGCCAAGUAAAUCCUACAUUCAGCUUCACAGAGACAACAAGCCUCAGGUUGGACGGCCGCUGAAUUUCACUUUGGAGAGCAGUUUUAACUUGACCAAAUUCCACUACCUUGUGACGUCUCGUGCUGGAGUGGUGGAUGCUGGGACAGUUCAGUCGUCCUCCUUCAGUCUGAACACAGAUCACCUGUGGGCUCCCCAGGCUUGUGUGGUGGUUUAUCACACACUUCCAGAUGGAGAGAUCGUGAAUGACGCUCUACACGUCUCUUUCACUGAAGUGCUCAGAAACGCAGUGUCUGUGCGCUGGAGUCAGGAUCGCACAGAACCAGCAGAAUCCGUGUCUCUAUCUGUUUCUGUAUCCGAACCUGGAUCUGUGCUGGGAAUCCUGGUGGUAGACAAAGCCACGCUGAACUCAGCUGAAGACAAUGGCCUCUCGGAGAAGACGGUGCUUGAGGAAUUUCUGUCGUACAGCAGAGAGAUGACCCACACGGAUAACAGAGGCAUGAAAAUGGGAGAUCCGUAUUCUGUAUUCACGGCUUGCGGCGUCACGGUUCUGACUGAUGCCAGGCUGAAUCAGGAGAUGGCGACCAAUCAGGAGAUGUUUCCAAUGUUCCCAGGGGAGGAGGGACUCUUUAUGACUGCGAUGCCUGACAGCAGUAUUCAAGAGCCCAGACAGAGAAAAGACUUUCCUGAAACCUGGAUCUGGCUGGAUGCUAAUGUGAGUGACUCCUCUUCAGCGGUCUUCUCCUUGACUGUGCCAGACAGCCUGACCUCAUGGGUGGCUUUUGCUAUCGUCAUGUCUGAGAAUCUGGGUUUGGGCAUCAGCGCUCCUGCAGAGCUGACAGUGUUCAGAGAUUUCUUCCUGUCGCUGGACCUCCCGGCGUUCCUCAUCCGUGGAGAACUGCUGCUGCUGGAAGUCAAUUUAUUCAACUAUAUGGAUGUAGAUUUGGAGGUGAUUGUAGUAGUUGCAGAAAGCGGGAUGUUUGAGUUUGUGUCAGCAGACAGCGCAGAUUUUUCCGUGGCCAACGUGAGAAAAGUGUCGGUGUUGAGUCAGAACUUCACCACGCUUCUGUUCCCCAUCAGAGCCACGAUGCUGGGAGAAAUUCCCAUCUCUGUCAAAGCCACGUCCGUCUACUCUUCAGACUGGCUCCACAAAACUGUUCUAGUCAAGCCAGAAGGACUGCAGCAGUCGUUCACUCAGACCUUGUUUCUGGAGUUUCUUCUGCAGCAGCACACACUGUCCAGGAAGAUGACCUUCAGUUUUCCUGCAGAUGUGGUUCCUGACAGUCAGAGGGCCAGUGUUUCUGCUGUGGGUGAUAUUCUGGGCCCGUCCAUUGGAAAUCUGGACUCCCUCAUUGAUAUGCCUUACGGUUGUGGUGAGCAGAACAUGAUCCAUUUUGCUCCAAAUACCUAUGUUCUCCGGUAUCUUAAAAGCACUAAGCAGCCUGAAGAACAGACCAGGAGGAAAGCUAUGAGCUAUAUGAUGGAAGCUUAUGAGCGUGAGCUUUCCUACCAAAGGGUUGACGGCUCCUUCAGUGCCUUUGGAGACAGCGAUGAUUCUGGCAGCACGUGGCUGUCAGCGUUCGUGCUCAGGUGUUUUCUUCAGGCUCAGGACUUCAUUUUCAUUGAGCCACUGGUGAUGGAGAGAACUGCAUAUUGGCUGGUGGCCCAUCAGGAGUCGGAUGGUUCGUUCAGGGAGCCGGGUCGGGUCAUCCACACUGAGCUACAGGGAGGACUGGAUGGAUCGGUGUCUCUCACUGCAUAUGUCCUUAUAGCACUUCUGGAGGAUGCCAAAUAUGAGAACACACAUAAACACAGUGUGUCUUUAGCCUUGAGUUUCUUGACAUCUCAUCUGGCUCAGGGAAUCUCCAGUAACUACAGCUUGUCUUUAGUGGUCUAUGCUCUGUCAUUGGCCAAGAGCAGCGCGGCUCCAACUGCCCUCACCACACUGCUGAACAGAGCACUGGUCAUAGAUGGAGUGCCAACAUGGAGAUCUCCAGGCAGCGUUCUGUAUGAUUCCUGGCAGCCGCGUUCAGCAGAUAUUGAGAUCGCUGCUUAUGUCCUGCUCACCAUGCACAGUCUCAGACGAAUGGAUGAAGGAUUCGUUCUGAUGAAGUGGCUCAGUCAGCAACGAAACCAUCUUGGAGGAUACGGAUCCACUCAGGAUACAGUGAUGGCGUUGCAUGCGCUGUCAGUUUACGCCACCUUCAGCAGUGCAGAGUCCAUGGAUCUCACCAUCAGAGUGAAUGGAGGCUCCAGCACCGUGGCCAUAUUCAGCAUAGACAAAUCCAACUACCUACUCCAACAGAGCCACGACCUGCCCAUCGAAUCUGAAGAUGGGGUUGACAUUGAAGUGGAGGCAGAGGGUACAGGCUUUGCUCUGUUUCAGCUUACUGUGUUCUACAACGUGAUGAAUGCGAGAAGAUCGCUCAGACGUCGUGACAUUCACACAGAUGAGGCCUUCUACUUGUAUGUGGACAUUAUGGAUAAGGAGGAGUACCAUGUAAACCUUUACACAUGUUUCAGGCUGAGGGGAGGUCAGGGUCUGAAUCAGACAGGUAUGGCCAUAUUGGACGUUGGUUUACUGACAGGCUUCAGUUUGGCUCAAGAUGGCGUUCAGAUUGACGAUACAGUCAGAAGAGUAGAGACGCCAUCAGGGCGAGUUAUACUUUACUUAGACAAGGUGACCACAGUGGAACAGUGCCUUGAAAUAUCCACCAUAAUGGACUUUAAGGUGGCCGGUGUCCAGGAUGCAGUGAUCAUCAUCUACGACUACUAUGAGCCACGCCGGAGAACGGUGCGCUCCUACACGUCUGAGAGGAGACGGGACAUGUCUGUGUGCUCUUUCUGCGGCUCAGAUUGUUCUCUGUGUGGGACUCAAGGUUUCAGCACUGAUGGGACGCCGUCCAUCAACCAUCAUCCACUUCUGGCUCUGAGUUUGACCACAGCGCUCAUCCUCCUCCUGUACAUCUACAACUAAUCAAUGUUUCACUAAAUCACUGCCAUUUUAAUCAAUAACAUUAUAAAGCCAGGAAAACUGUGGAUAAACACUCAUUUCUAAACAAUAGAUGCUGUAAAUGUGUAAGAUCCUGUGUACAUGAUGGUAAAUUUGCUAAUUUAAUUCAGUACAGCUUUGAUUGAUUUAAUAAGAGUUUAGAGAAAGUUAUUUUAAUA